AUACAGUGAACACUUUUUGUGUGCUUGUACGGAGAGUUUGGCUGCACCUCAUUGUUGGUCUGCUUCUGUUACGUGAUAUGGCUUCAAAUGAGACAUAUACAAUAUGGGAAAUAUUAAAGCCUAUUGAUUUUGAUGAGCUCAUCCUGGCAUUCUGCUUGUCCAUACUGAUGGGUCUGCUCAUAGGAAUCUUGAUUUUCCUUCUCCUAACAUGGAUGUCAAGACGCAGGGCUUCGAUCCGGAUAACCAGACGUCAAAACCAGCAGUCGGAUUCUAAAAGCUCACAAAAUCAGCUCUGUCAUCUCAGUCACUACAAGAGAUACGGCUUUGACAAGAACAGCGAAGGUGUGGGAAGAGCUGUAUUAAACGUCCAGAGACAGAUGUCCGUAGACCCUAACGAAAUAUUGGGCAGAAGCCCCAGUUUUCAAAACGCAACUUUUCGUCCACCCAAAAAGGCGAAGACGACCAGUGGUGAAACUGAAGAUGAUAACCAGGAGGCACUGAUUCCAAACAUCACAGAUCCUUUUAGUACAGUACCAGCAGAAUCCUUUUGGUUGGGUAAGGGAAGUCUAAGAGGUUUUCUACCCAAACAGAACCCACCACCAGCAUAUGACAGCAUCAUUCACAUCUUUCAAGAGAGCACUACUUAAACACUAACUGUGACAACAGAAACUAAGAUAAAAAACAAAAAAUGGCUUGAAUGUGUACCAACAAUCAAAGCUUUCCCUCAUUUGAUUUCAGAGGGAUCUGAUUUAUCUUGUCCGGCAUUACGGUCUGACACACAGUGGCGUUACAAGUAAACAUAACAUGGACCUUAAUAUGAAUACAUUUAACCUUGUGAGCACUAUUAUUUUUAUGUAUCACAGAAUAAACCUGUGCAUUGAAAAUGA